CACUUGUCGACGACAGACACACCGGCUGCUGCUGCUCCACCAUCAUGUUCUCAUUCGUGACGGCGCAAUACCAAUGGUACAAGCUUGAGUUUGGAUUGACACUGCUGUCUCCAUGGGAAGUCUUCACCUUCAACGCGAUCGUGCUCUUCGUCCUCAGCGCGACAGCCUACUUCUCGCUCCACGCAAUCGACUAUUUGGUGUAGAGGACAAUCUGCACGCGCCAUGUAACCACGCAAAUAUCAGUCCACUUCACGCGA